GUUGCACUCGAUAUCGUGAAAAAUCAAAUAAAAACACAACAACUCAAUUUAGAUCCAACGAAAAAAUCAAAUGAGAAAAUAUUUGGAAAUGAAAGAGAGUAUCAUAAAAAGGUAUUCUUUAUAGUAUCUCGGCAAAUCAUGCGUAAAGUAUCAAUUAUUUAGAGACACCCUAGCAUUUUAAAUGUAAAGUUUGGGUUUAAUUACUCUAGCAUUUUAGCCUUUAAUAAACUAAAUGGUUUUCUCCCGCCAAAAAGGGUAUCAUCUGCCGCCAUUUUGCUGAUCUCCGUUAGCACGAUCCUCCAUAGACCACAGUACGUUAGACUCGUAGAAAGAUUGAAUCUUGGGCAAGGAAAUGGCCUCUUCAUGCGGAAAAACUAUAAUGGAUCUUUUCAAGCAACCGGCAGCGAAGCGCCUCAAACGGGUCUCCUCGCCGCCUCAGUCUCCUGCCUCCGCGGCCGUCAGCAGCUUCUCCUCCGCAGCAUCGCGGUCUCCGGACGACGGCCAAGGCGAAGAGAACGGCGUCGUUUCUCAAACCGGAUCACUCACGCCUGAGCAGAUUUUGAAAAUCGAGUUCAACAAAUCCCUAGCCAAAGCUAAACUCAAUCUCAAUCGCUGUGCCGAGAAAGUCACGAAUUCCAUUUCUAAAGGUGAGGGGAUGCAGCACGUGAAGUUGAAGGAGUUGUUGGUGGAGGAGUCAUGGUUGCAAGCAUUGCCAGGGGAAUUUGAGAAGCCAUAUGCCAAGAACUUGUGUAAAUUUGUGGAAAGUGAAAUUUGCAGUGCUGGUGUUCCGAUUUAUCCUCCACAGCAUUUGCUUUUCAAUGCACUUAAUACCACUUCUAUUGACAAGGUUAAGGCUGUUAUCAUCGGACAGGAUCCAUAUCAUGGACCUGGUCAAGCAAUGGGUUUGUCUUUCUCUGUGCCAGAGGGUGUAAAAGUUCCUUCAAGCCUGGUCAAUAUUUAUAAGGAACUCAAACAAGACUUGGGUUGUUCAAUUCCUUCUCAUGGAAAUUUGGAAAAAUGGGCAAUACAGGGUGUUCUGCUUCUCAAUGCUGUGCUUACUGUUAGGCAUCAUCAAGCAAACUCUCAUGCAAACAAAGGUUGGGAGCAAUUUACUGAUGAUGUCAUAAGGGCAAUUUCUCAAAAGAAAAAAGGAGUAGUCUUCCUUCUUUGGGGAAAUUAUGCUCAAGCAAAAGGCAGGCUAAUUGACGAAACAAAGCAUCAUGUGCUGAAAUCGGCACAUCCUUCUGGUUUGUCUGCAAACAGAGGCUUCUUUGGAUGCAGGCAUUUUUCAAAGACAAACAAGCUUAUGGAGGAAAUGGGGAAACCUCCUAUAGAUUGGCAACUAUAAGUCUAUAAUGUAGAAUGUCAUGCCAUUUUUUGGAAAGCUGAACAAGGGGCAAGAUCGGAGUCAGCUCUUAUAAAAUACUCGGGGAGGCCAGUUUUUUAGAUGGGAGAUCUUUCUGGAAAUGGGAUUAUGGGUAGGGGCUGUAUUGUCUUUCUUUGGACUCUUCUAUGUGAAGGUAAGUAGUUAAGUGCACUCUUUUAAGGUGGCCAGUCACCAGUGUAUCUUAUGGAUGUGUAUUUGUGGUGGCACAUGAAUGCCAUUUCUUACCAUCAAGUAAAUUUAUGGGAAUUGU